CCGUAAGCAAGCUUUCGGCACCAGAGCAACGAUCAGAGACCAGACAGGUAGCCCCGAAGGGUAUCCGUUGCAAUCCUCAAUCUCGAUCAUCACAUCUACCGAAGGCUAUAACACUUCAAUACAAGAUCGAAGCUACAUUCCCCCAGUCAUUUUAUGACCACCAAAAUUGAUGUUAACCAACCACACGGGCAAGUACACCCAAGAGUACGAAUAUGCAAAACAUGAAGGUGUUUAAGCUCCUCACACUCCACAGAAUCGCACCCGAAAGGCUGAUUACCCGAAGGUACGACUGGCUUCAAUCGUUUCCCUUUCAACAAUUUCACGUACUGUUUAACUCUCUUUUCAAAGUUCUUUUCAUCUUUCCCUCACGGUACUUGUUCGCUAUCGCGUAUCGUAAAACGCAAAUGAUCAACCGGACGGGAUUAUCACCCUCCAUGAUGCCUCAUUCAAUAGGACUUAGGCUGACCAAAUACGCAGAAAACGCUUCUUCAAAUUACAACUCGAUCAG